AUGGCUACCACAACGACAUCGCCUGCAGCAAAUUGGUCAUACCACAGUAUCCCAUAUGCUUUUGCGCUUGGCCUCGCGCCGCACCUGUACUACACAAGCCGCAUGAUGGUGGCGAGCAAGGGCAAGAUGUCCAUGGCCGAUCCGCGAACCAAUCUUCAAGCAUGGAAGGGCAAGAUGCCCGAGAUACUCUGGCACCAUCUGUCCCGUGCGCGAGGCGCUCACUUGAACUCGAUGGAGAUAUUCCCGCUUUACGCUGCGGCAGUCGUAAGUGCGCUCCAUCUGAUGUUGAAAGCUGGCGCUGAUAGUAAAGUGAAGCUCGCUGGCAAUGCCGCCGGUCUACCGGCGCAGGACCUUAACACCAUGGCUUACUCCUUCCUCGGUGCCCGGACGCUGUAUUGCGCAUUGUACAUGACAGUUACCAACGACAUAGCUGCUUUCGCCCGGACUGGCGUCUAUGCGUGGAGCAUCGGCAUUCCGCUUGUGGCGUUGUGGAAGGCCGGGAACCAAACCGUGAUCUGA